AUGCUCCCCCAACCGUCUCCCCAUGGUCCUCCGCACUCAUCCGUGCUCCUGCUCGCCCCCACUGCCGCUCUGGCGAGCAAUGCGCCCUCGCCCGUCCUUCCCUUAGCGUUCCGCGUUGCCCGUGCCUCUCGGGCGGUGGGGAUCUCUCGUCCCUUCUUCCUCCAUGCCCGCGGCGACUUUCUUGCAGAUGCCACUCCUCCUCCCAUCUCCCUCCCUACUUACGCUGCAGAUCUAGCAAACGUGCCUCGCCCCUUGCCCUUCCCUCGUUGUGCCGCUGCGGAUCAGGCGAGCCAGACUCGCCAGUCCGUCUUCUAUCUCGUUGCCAAUGCUCAUCAGGCGAGCGCGCCCCGCCUCCCUGCCUCCCAUCAUGGUGCCGACGCGGAGCAGGCGAGCGCGGCCCUCCGUUACACCCUCCUCCGCGCUGCCGACGCGGAUCAGGCGAGCACGACCCUCCGUUCCGCCCUCCUCCGCGCUGCUGACGCGGAUCAGGCGAGCGCGACCCUCCGUUCCGCCCUCCUCCGCGCUGCCGACGCGGAUCAGGCGAGCGCGACCCUCCGUUCCGCCCUCCUCCGCGCUGCCGACGCGGAUCAGGCGAGCGCGACCCUCCGUUCCGCCCUCCUCCGCGCUGCCGACGCGGAUCAGGCGAGCGCGACCCUCCGUUCCGCCCUCCUCCGCGCUGCCGACGCGGAUCAGGCGAGCGCGACCCUCCGUUCCGCCCUCCUCCGCGCCGCCGACGCGGAUCAGGCAAGCUCGACCAUCCGUUCCGCCUCCUCCGCGCUGCCGACGCGGAUCAGGCGAGCGCGACCCUCCGUUCCGCCCUCCUCCGCGCUGCCGACGCGGAUCAGGCAAGCGCGACCCUCCGUUCCGCCCUCCUCCGCGCUGCCGACGCGGAUCAGGCGAGCGCGACCCUCCGUUCCGCCCUCCUCCGCGCUGCCGACGCGGAUCAGGUGA